CCUGUGGGUCGCGGCUGCCCGUGGCACGUGUCUGGGCGUGAGGCUGUACAAAGUCAGCAGCGACCAGCCACACAAAGGGUUAGGAGGGAGGGAGAGGGACGGAGAGGGAGAGCUGGGGACGCUCUGCCUCUCACUCCCGAGCAGCCGGCCAACAGGGGAAGAUGAAAAGCACACGCCGAGCCCCGCGGGAUGCUCCGUUGCAAUUCCCAGCCUCGAAAUGAUAAGUUGGGGAAAUCGUUGCCAGCCCGGAGUAGCAUUGCAGGGGGCUGUGUGAUCAGGCACCCUCCCGGAGGCUGGGACAGCUCUCUCUGCUCCUUGCCGUGGGGAGUGGGAGGUUUGGGAAGGGGUUGUGUGUUGUUGGAGAGAGCUGGAGGCUGUAUAUGCAUCCGGUCUUCCUGGAGCCCCAGGCCGGACACAGUGACACUGGAAGCAGCCUAACUGAGAGACAGAGAGACAGCUACCUGCAGAAUGCUUCUACCUACCAUCUCCCUCCUACUGAGGCUUCUCGAUUACGUCUUCACCAGUGAAAUUGCAACCCAAGGUGGCUGCCUGUCAGCGCUGACUCAGUGCUCCUUGGAUCCCGAGUGCAUCCGGAAAUUCCGCACCCUGCUGCGGUGCACAGCCCGUCACGGGGUCGAGCCCUUCCGGCCAGCUGCCAGGAAUGAAUGCUUGACUGCUGCCCUCGGUCUCCAGGCCAAUCCGCUCUACGCUUGCAAGUGCCAAAGAGGAAUGAAGAAAGAGAAGAACUGCCUCCAGAUUUACUGGACCAUUCACCAAAGCCACGUCGCUGGUUACAAUGAUUUGGAAACAUCACCCUAUGAGUACUCAAUGCCUGCUUCGUCCUUGGUCUUGGACUAUGGUGGACUUGCCUCUUUGGUGUCAGAAGGACCCAAAGUUCAAGCAUCUUCUCAAGUUAACCAUUGCUUGGACGCUGCUCAAAUGUGCAACGUUGACGAAACGUGCAAGCUGUUCCGCACUGAAUAUGCCAAGUACUGCCUCAAGCCUGCCUCCAGAUAUGGCUGCAGCAGACUGAAGUGUCGCAAGAGCCUUCGUCGCUUUUUUGACUUUGUGCCAGAGGAAUACAAAUACCCAUUCCUCUUCUGCCCGUGCAAAGACAGCACAUGUGCUGAGCGUAGGCGCCAGACCAUUGUCCCGAGCUGCUCCUUCGAGGAACCCGAGAAACAAAACUGCCUCAGUCUACAGGACACGUGCAAGGCAGAUCUCAUAUGCAAAUCCCGACUGGUGGACUUUCGGACUAACUGCCAACCGUCCCCGAAAUCUGCCAGCAGUUGUUUCCGAGAGAAUUAUAAUGCCUGCCUUCAGUCUUACACGGGUCUCAUUGGCACUGCCCUAACACCAAACUACAUGAGUAACACCAGCGCCAACAUCUCUAUAUGGUGCACAUGUGUCAACAGUGGAAAUCAACGUGAGGAGUGUGAGGCGCUACUCAACCUUUUCAUGAGGAACAACUGUCUCAGAAAUUCUAUACUUUCGUACACCAGAUCUUUGCUGUCUCAUCUGUCAGACAGCAAGGAGCCCACACUAACAUCUACUCAACACUUACCCUUCAACUUCCCAAACAAGGAUGGGUCAGGUGUUGAUGCCAAAUUAAAAGCGAAUCAGGAGUGCGAUCCUGGGAGCAAGCUAAAGAUUUCUCAGGAAGAGUUGCUGCCUGGAGAAACUACUGAUUGCAAGGUGAAUUCAGGAACUGCUAGCCAGAGCUUCUCUGUCACAAUGCCCUGCACCAUCACAUCACUCUAUAUCUUCAUGACCAUUACUGAGAACUCCAUUUGAAAGGACGUUACAAAGACUUUGUAAAGAGACAGAAAGAAAGAAAAAAGGUGGACACUUUCUUCUUUGCAAGCUCUGUCACAAUCGCUUCGAAAAGAAAACAAACGCUUAAGAUACAACUUGAACUGAGAAAAUAGUUUGUCGAAAUAUCCAGCAGACUAGACUUCUUGCAUCAUUUGGAAAUAGAGUUAAUUUAUUUCACUGCAGCGUAUCAGUUAUCAGUGUAUUCAGGUUCGCUAAAGUAUGUAACAAGCCAAAAUCUCUUCACAUUAAUUUCCAUCACAGCCAACAAGAAUAUGUAAGCAAUUUAAUGAAGUGAGUGGAUCUACUGACAAACACUUACCUUUUCCAUUUAUUUCCCUUCUUUAGUGCAGGUUUGGAAAGAAUAUGCUAGCACAGCCAGUGGUUACACUCAGAUCACUCAAUCCCCUCCCUUCUCUGGAAAGUGGGGCUCUUUGUCUUUCAGUUGGACUAUGUCAGUGAACGAUUUUCCCAUUAGAGUGGCUCAGUGGUUAGCACUUCUGCCUCAUAGCACCAGGGACCUGGAUUUGAUUCCACACUUGGGUGAUUGUCUGCAUGGGUUUCCUCCGGGUGCUCUAGCUUCCUCCCACAGUCCGAAGAUGUGCAGGUUAGGGUGGACUGGUCGUGCUAAAUUGCCCCAUGGUGUCCAGGGAUGCGCAGGCCAGGUGGGUUAGCCAUAGGAAUUGCAGGGAUAGGGUAGGGGGCUGGUCUUUGGAGGAGUAAGUGUGGGCUGAAUGGCCUGCUUCCACGCUGUAGGGACUUUAUAAUUCUCGAAUGGAAUUAAAAAAUAAUGAGUUAUCCUUUAAGUGAAAGGCCGGGAAGGGCUAUAGUCCUCUGCCUAGUCUGAAAUAUCUCAUUUUGGGAUGUUGCAUUUUCAAUUUGAGGUGUCCCACCCUCUGAUACUGAGAGAUAUGACUGUGAUUAUUGCUCUGCUACUUCUUAUUGGGGUCUUUGGAACCAGUUACAUGAUGAGCAAUAGUCACUGACUGAAUGAGACAUGGAGACGAUCUGAUCCCUGUGAUACAGUAAAUAGUUUGGGCCAUUCAAAACUGCUCGUUAGGCAGUGAUGGACUCAACAAACACCAUUCAUUGAAAAAUGACAUGCUGGGUACUUGUUGUUAAAUCCAGACCAGUUCUCACUGCAGUAGCUAUGUAAUGCUGUUGAAGCAGCGAUCUGCAACUGCUCAUCAAGGUGAUAUUGAAGGGUCAGCUUGUUCCUGAUGUUACACAGAUGUCACUGACGCUGCAGCUCUACUUAUUCAAGAUCAGAAGUCACACGACGCCAGGUUAUAGUCCAACAGGUUUAUUUGAAAUCACAAGCUUUCGGGGCAUUUCUCCAUCAGGUGAACUGAGCAGUGUUCCGAAAGCCUGUGAUUUUAAAUAAACCUGUUGGACUAUAACCUGGUGUCGUGUGACUUCUGACUUUUCCCACCCCAGUCCAACACCGGCACCUCCACAUCAUGGCUCCUCAUUCUUUAAACCGUUCAACUUGUUCAAUGCCUUGUUUGUGUCUGAGUCUGAUGCUAGAGCUGUUGUGAUGUGGGAAAUGAUGGCAUUCCCUGUGCUGUAUAAAUGUAAUGUUUAAUAAAUAACCUGGCAAAACUACUUGUCUCGUUCAAAAGACCAUAAAUGUCUCUUGUACUGCAUCAAAUGACAGCUGCUGUGAUCUUGAAAUGGCAUUAGGAAACCACAAGGACAAGGAGACAGCUGGACUGCAUGGCUGUGGUGGGAAAAUCAAUUUGAAAAGAAACAUAACUGUCAUAUAUAAUAGAUAUUUUAACAGUGAUAAUAGAUUAGAUGAUUGUAAAGUGCCCAUCUAUUAUUUGGAAUCAAUUGUCAUUCAUAAACUCAUUGAAAUUGACUAUUUGUGUUCACAGCAUUGAAUUUCUUAGAACAUCUGAUUCACUGAUGGUGUUUGUCUGCAAAUCUCCUCUAGCUAAACCAUCAAUGUGCUUUACUGUAUAUCCCAGAUGAGCAUUUACACUGCAAAUUGAGCCAUGUAGUGCUGUAACUGUAAUUCACCUUCAGCUGAUCACAUUCUAUAUAUAAA